AUGUUGGGUUAAGAAAAUUUGUUAUGUUGUAUGCGUGCGUGGGUGAAAUUAUUAUGUUGUACCUGUGUGUUAUGAAUAUUCAGUGAAAAUAAUAAUUAUUAAAUGAAAUCUGGCCAAAUGUGUAAUUAUCCGGAAAUAUGUUAAUUUAUGUAAUUACGCACAUUUUAAUUAUGCCAAUUCGAGAGGUAAUCGGAUUAAUUAUGCGAGUGGGUGUAAUUAUGAUAAUACAAGUCGUUAUGAUAACCAGACCCCGCCUCGGUGACGAGGGUGGGUUAUCGAUCGGAAUAAGGCAAUUAAUCGUAUGCAGUUAUGCAGGUGUGGUGUAAGUAUGCAAGAUUAACUUAGAUUAACUCGGCAUCGUUGUCUAGGUUCGUCUCAUUCUCGCUUUAACAUUCCCAGAGUUUUUAUUCGUGGUUAUAUUUUUAGGUCCCCGGUUCACCCCGUUAUCGCUUUAACAUUUACUGAGUAUGUAUUAGUGUGUUUAUUAAGGUCACCAAGUUCAAAUCUCAACGCAGAAGCAGAUCUUAUGCAUAGAUUUCAGGAAAGAAUCACACAACCACUUCUGUAUUGAUCAAUUUAUUACUAAUUCAACCUUAACUAUGAUAUAAUAUGCGAACUCUCAAUCCCGGAACGUCAACACGGCAUCAAUACAGUAUCAUCAACGAUUGUCUGAUUUCACUUUGACAACUGCACAUGGAUCCCGCAUAACGCGAUGGUUGUUAGUGAGAGAGAGAGUCGUUAAAACACGCAAAUACUAUGCUAAGAAAACCUUAAUGUUAAUGAAUGAUUAUACUCAAUAUUGUUCAUAACGCGAUGGUUGUUAGUGAGAGAGAGAGAGUCGUUGAAAUAUGCAAAUACUAUGCUAAGAAAACCUUAAUGUUAAUGAAUGAUUAUACUCAAUAUUGUUCAUACAGUACCACACUCCUUAUUGACCAUACGCAACCCUUAUCACGUUGUUAACACCUUGGGUCACGGGACAGUUGAAUAUUCUGUAGAGGAUGCGAGUACGUGCGGCGAUUAUGACUGAAAGAUACUUGAAAGAUUAUACGGCGAUAAAAAAAAAACACAAUCAAAAACAGUUAUUAUUCUUAAAGGCACCAAUCUCAACAGAUACAUCGGCAGGUUAUCUGACAACAGAACGGCUCGGAGUAAGGGCCUGCGACGGUGCUCCUUUUCCGAAGCUCGUUAUCUUAUACCAAGUUUACUAAUUGGGGACCAGAUCACCUGAUAAGGAUCCGGUGGGCCACCACUCCCCACGUGAGCGUGGCUCGGCGGAAGGAGGUGCCAAGAAUCAGUUCGUAUUGAUGGAUCUGUUGGGAAUUUAUGCGAUUAAGAGUACAGCCCACUAAAUAUUAAAGAUAAAAAUUAAGAAUACUCUUAUAAACGACGGAGGGCCAUCACUCGGUCUCGUUGUGAUGCUUUCCAGCCACGGAUGGCUUAUGGGUUCGAGUGUUUUUGAGUGGUAAGAGUUGUCUUGAAUAGUCAGUGUUCGGAGUCGAUUCUUUAGGUCAAACAGACGCCUGGUGGUCGUGUGGUGAGGGGGCGGUGCGCGUCAUACGUAUCAGUCGAUCCCGUGGCGAAUUGGUUCGGAUGGCUGUUGAUACGCUGUCGCAGUUCGGAACCCGGUCGGUAGGUGGCGCCCACAACUCGCUCGCAGCGUGCAGCUCUGGGUUGUCGCCGAAUCGCGAUGCUCACCACUCCGGUGGCAGCAGAGACCCCCGGUUCGGCAGAGGUUGACGAGCUGAAGAUGAGUCGAGCCGACCCGCUGGUCGCAGCUCGCUCCUGAGUCGACCCUCCCGGUCGAGCUCGCUCCUGGGUCGACCCGCUGGUCGCCCUCGCUCCUGAGUCGACCCUCUGGUCGCACUCCUGAGUGGACCCGCUGGUCGCACUCCUGAGUGGACCCACUGGUCGCACUCCUCCUGAGCCGACUCUCCCGGUCGCGCUCCUGAGUGGACCCUCUCGUCGCACUGAUUUCCAAUGCUCAGGAUCCUUUACUUUAUGCCGAAAAAUCCCCCUGGAUCCCGCCCACAAGGCGGGGCUUCUUUCCGAUUUUUGCUGUGUCAGGAUCUGUCCGUAGGCAGGUGUGUCCAUGUGUGUGUCCGUACGUCCGUAUGUCCUUGUGUGCAUUACUCACGGUAUUCCGUUGUCCCACUCCCUCCAUGAACCCACGAGCAAACAAUCAGAUGUUACAAAUUGCCUCGAGGUCGUCUCUCUGUCUGGGCGCAACAUUAUCUCCUGUCUGGCCUUCCCCAUGAACCCAAAACACAGACGUCACAAAUGUCUCAUAGGCGUCUUUGUUCGCACCACCUGGAGGGAGGGGCAACGCUCUCUCCGACCCGGCGCACAAAGAAAUGGUUAAAAGUUUUAAGUUAACAUUUGUCCCUUACUAUUUCACAGUUAUGAUUCUGUAUGUAACCUAAGGUCUGUCGUUUCCCAUCGUGGUGCUUGACUCAAGUGGGGGUGUUUCCCCGAGCGUAUACACACUCCUAUCCCGCGCUGCGGGGAUACAAAGACGGCCGGGAUCUCCCUUUCUCUCCGACCCUGGGUUUAACAUCGUUUUUUUUUUAUUAUGUAUUCAUAUUCGACCUGGUGGUGAUUCAUCCCGUUAUCCUGGCGUUUCCAUAAGUUUUACUUUGUCUUUUCAUGCAUAUACUUAUUACUAUUAAUUUAUUUCCGAUAUCUUAGGUUAAGGGGUAAGUUUCUUGAUCCUAGGAAUUCGUAUUCCUUGGUGCCUGCAUGGUUAUAUAAGCGGAAUAUAGUUUACGGUGAAUAGCGUUAACAUUGAUGUUAUAUGCGAUAUUAUGUAUUGUGAUGUCUUUAACUUAACUUGUUUGUCAGGGCUUUACUGACACGAAGUUGCAUUCAUAGCCCGCAGUCUUUGCCCCACCCUAUCUCUGCUCGCCGUGGUUGUUGCAGUCCAGCUGACGUUAACUCAAGGCCCUUUUGGGUUUAUCUUUGUUUCCUCAGCUGCAGGAGAACAAGGCGUGCUUCUACCUCCCUUUCUGUGUGCACGUGUUCUAAUUAGCUCGGAAUCCCUAACACACAAUCAGUGAUGAUUCCUGGCUUUCUGUGGUUAUGACUUAGACAAAGGCGCCUCUACUUCCUUUCACUGCCUUUGCCUUGAAGCAAGGUUGCAAUUCUGUCAUCCUAGCCCUCCUCUCGUUCAUUACUUAACAACACCUGGUGUUUUGCAGUUUGGUGCGCUUUGGUGUGUUUCACUCAUUAAAAAAAAUAAAAAGAUAAUAUAUAAAAAUCAUCAAAUAUUAUUACUCUCAAUUAUGGAAGAAGGGUUAGGAUACAACAGCCGACACCAGUGACGAUUAUCUGAACGGGUCCUGGGCCUCCCCUAGGCCGACUCAGCCUCAAAUGAGUACCCGGUGCGGUGUGUAAACAUCGCAACAAAGAGAGACGAAGGCGGCCGGGCGUGGUUGCUGGCCACCCGCCCCCUCGUGUGCCACAGUGCUGCUCGCUCACAGCACUUGCCCCAUCAGUCUGUUCAGGCUUUACGGGGGAUCUUUGUAUUUGUGUGUGUCUGUGUGGUUGUGACGCACCAGCCCGUGUGUGUAUCUCUGUGUAUCUGAGAGCGAGAGGAGAGCGAGAGGAGAGGGAGGGAGAGAGAUUUGAUCUCGAGAAGAAAGCUGCACUCUGUUCGCGACAAAGGCGGCCGGGCGUGGUCCUGGCCCACACGCCACCACGCUGUCGUGAGCAGUCUUGGCUUUCACAGCCGUGCAGCCCAGCGAUGUUCACAGCGGCCGGCGCUGCUGCCACGCUCGCGCUCACGCUGGUGCUGGCGUCUCGUCCGGCGCCAUCAUCGUCUUCGUCUCCGUCCAACUCCUCCUCCUCCUCCUCGUCUCCCUCCACCCCAGCUCGGCCCAACAUUGUGCUCGUCGUCUGCGACUCUAUGGACGGGCGGCUCGUGACGGCGCCGCGGUCGCCGGUGCCGCUGCCGUGGAUUGCGCGCCUGGCGGCGGCCGGGGCGGCCUUCGCCACGGCGUACACCAACUCGCCCGUGUGUUGCCCGUCCCGCGCCGCCCUCUGGAGCGGACUUCACACCCACGUCACCGCCGCGUGGAACAACCACAAGUGUCUGCCGCCAGGCUACCCGACGUGGCUCGACCGCCUGCGUGCCGAGGCCGGCUACACCACGGCCGUGUUCGGCAAGACGGACUUCACGUCGGGCGGACACUCGCUGAGCAACCGCGUGGAGGCGUGGACGCGCGGCGUGCCGGGGCUGCUGCUGCGCCAGGAGCCGAGGCCCCGCGCGCAGCUCGUGGGGGGCGAGCGCACGCGGAGGGUGCAGCUCCGCGACUGGAACAACACGGACCGCGCGGUCCGCUGGAUCCGCGACGUGGCGCCCGGGAAAGCUCCCUUCGCGCUCUACCUGGGCCUCAACCUGCCGCACCCGUACAAGACCCCGUCCGCCGGCCCCAACGCCGGCGCCUCCACCUUCCGCACGUCGCCAUUCUGGCUGCGCCGCGUGCGCCGCGGCGCCGUCGUGGUGCCGCGCUGGCUGCCACCCGACGAGACCCACCCCUCCGACGCGUACGCCACCUUCGUCAAGAACUGCUCGGGCCCCUUCGCCGACGACGAGGUCAUCGCGGUGCGCGCCGCCUACUACGCCAUGUGCGCCGAGACGGACGCCAUGCUGGGUGCGGUGGUACGCGCGCUGGGCGCCGCGGGCUUCCACCUGCGCGGCGACACCUACGUGGCGUUCACGUGCGACCACGGCGAGCUGGCGCUGGAGCACCGGCAGUACUACAAGAUGAGCAUGUACGAGGGCAGCGCGCGCGUGCCGCUCGUCAUCGCCGGGCCCAGGGUGCGGCCGCGGACGCAGCACCGUGGUGGCGAUCGUGGUGGUCGCGGUGGUUGUGGUGACGGUAGUGUUGCUGGUGGUGGUGGCAAUGACGGUGAUGGUGAGCAUGGUGGUGGUGAUGGCGGCAGUGGUUUUAGCGGUAGUGCUGGUGGCAGUAGUGGCGAUCGUGGCGGUGGCGGUGGCAGUAAAGGUGGUGGUCGUGGUGGUCGUGAUGGUGGCGAAAGUACCGGUGGUGGUCGAGGUGGCACUUGCAGCUAUGCUGGUGGUCAAGGUGCUGCUGGUGGUGGUCAUGGUGGUGCUGGUGUUGGUGGUGCUGGUGUUGGUGGUGCUGGUGUUGGUGGUGUUGGUGGUGGUGGUGCUGGUGUUGGUGGUGCUGGUGUUGGUGGUGUUGGUGUUGGUGGUGCUGGUGUUGGUGGUGUUGGUGUUGGUGGUGCUGAUGUUGGUGGUGCUGGUGUUGGUGGUGCUGGUGUUGGUGGUGCUGGUGGUGCUGGUGUUGGUGGUGCUGGUGUUGGUGGUGUUGGUGUUGGUGGUGCUGGUGUUGGUGGUGCUGGUGUUGGUGGUGCUGGUGUUGGUGGUGCUGGUGUUGGUGGUGCUGGUGGUGGUGGUGCUGGUGUUGGUGGUGUUGGUGGUGGUGGUGCUGGUGUUGGUGGUGCUGGUGUUGGUGGUGCUGGUGUUGGUGGUGCUGGUGGUGGUGCUGGUGGUGGUGGUGCUGGUGUUGGUGGUGUUGGUGGUGGUGCUGGUGUUGGUGGUGCUGGUGUUGGUGUUGCUGGCAGUCGUGGCGGUGGUGAGUGGACGACGAGGUCAGUCCUCGAGCAGACGUUGGUGUCCCUCGUGGACAUCUACCCGACCAUGAUGGAUAUAGCGGGGCUGCCCGUGGACCCGCGUCUCAAUGGGACGUCUCUGCUCAAGCUGCUGGAGCGACGGGGACGCACGGCACGCGCACGGAAGGGCGGCGGUGACGGCGUUCGUGAUAAUGAUGUCGGUGGCGUUUUUCAUGACGGCGUCGGUGAUAGAAAUUUUCACGCACCUCAAUCUCUUCAACGGCAUCGAAAUAAUUACCACCGUCAUCACCGCCAUCACGCUGCCCAAAAUACCAUCACCGUUGGUAGUGAGCAUGCCGCUGAUGGCAACCAACAGCGACACCAAACUCAACAUCGCCGUCGUCGUCCUCAUCGUCGCCAGCACCGCAUUCAUAACGCAACCAACUGCAACCUUCAAAACGACGCCGAUGAAAACGAGCAGGACGACGAGGCGACCUCCUCCGCUCGCCGUGACCUCGUCAAACUGUCCCGCGGCCACCGCUGGGCGCUGAGCCAGUUCCACGGCAGCGACCUCAACGAGUCGGCGUAUAUGCUGCGCGUGUCGCGCUGGAAGCUCGUGGCCUACGGCGAGGGGCCCUCCUCUUCCGCGACGCGGCCGCAGCUCUUCGACCUCGUCGCCGACCCCGAGGAGCUGCUCGACCUGUCGGCGUCGCGACCCCACCUGACCUCUCGCCUUGAAGCGGCGCUCCGCUCGCUGAUCGACUACCCGGCGGUGACGCGCACCGCGCGCCGCUACGACCGCGACGCCUUCCUCGAGUGGCGCGCCGCCGCCGGGCCGCGCUACCGUGAGGCCAUCGCGGGCCUGCGCUGGUACCGCGACUGGGCCGAGGACCCGCGGGGAAACCUCGAGGCCAUCGACGCCUGGCUCGAGCGAGGGGAGUGAUCACCAGUGGGGGGGGGGGGGGGGGGGGGGGUGGCACGUGCCCCCCCAAUGAUGCGUUCGAAAUCCCUAAUUUCGAUCGGAUCAUUGGGGUUUAUUAGUAAUAAAUAGGCAUUUUGCGACCCCCACUGCCACUGUGUAGCAUAUUAUUACUUGCCAGGGACUCUAUGAGAUGACAAUAGUCUGAGUCUAUAAUUGGCAUUAAGUAACGGCAAAGCAGUUAUAAGUGACUCAGAAUUGUGCGCAGUUGCGUAGAUAGUACACGACUUCCCUGAAGGCAUCAACACCUUCAGCGAGCACGAUGCCGAUCACACCACGCGGUUCGAAUUCGACCCUCGAUCGAUGGCUGCGCCAUCGCCGCACACGCGUCGAAUAAAAAGCAAGGGACAAGUCCUUACUUACUAACAACUCCUCUAUCAUUUUUCAUUGCUGGAGGGGUUGCCUCCCGUACCUGAAAAUCCUGGCUCCGCCAUUGGCAGGGAUGUCCGUCAGUCCGGUUCGGUGACCCGGGAAACGUCUUUUUCGCGCAACCCGGCACACCGCGUCCAGUAUGCCUCCUCUCGCUACGGUUUGUGGGCUACUAAUAAUCACGCGCCACUUACCAGCGACCUGUAAAAUAUUUAGCGAGGGGUUUAAGCCGUGGGAUUAUUUCGCAUGACUGUGGCUGCGGUACCAGUGCGGUGCUCUGGGAAACGCGGCUGGGACUCAACUACAGCGAGGAGAUCACGGUCACCAUCGGCUCCAAACCCUCCAACAUCACCGUGAGCUUAAGUGGACUAUGGUGAGGUGGACAACCGUAGAUACGGCCCGAAAUACUGUAUGUACCGUGUGUUGAACUUCUUUCGCACCGUACGUACCCAACCGUGUUAAUCGGAGGUGUGGGGGAAGGACAACAAACUCAACACAAAUAGCAGUUCUAAAGAAAUGAGUUUUAAAUUUCAAUUUUAAAUUGCAGAGCUCCAGUGGCCUCAUAGUAUGGGAAGGAAGAGCGUUUCAGACGUCGUGUUCUAUUAUCCUCCUGCCUACAGAUGAACGUGUCGACUGGUAGUUUGUGAUCUGCGUGUUGACUUGUAGGUAGGCCUGUAAAGUGUGAUGGUUUCUACCUUGAGUAUUAAUUUCUGUUUUAAAUAAACCUUACUUUUAAAAUAUAAUACGUUUU